GCGGAUGACCACAGCAGUCCUGUGUGAGCCUUCGAUCCGAGAUAUUCGUUUAGUCGCGGUAGUUUGCUUCUAGAAUGGAUUUUUGUCUCAUUUGAUUGCACGGGUGAAUGACUCAAGAGCAAAUCAUUGCGGAUAAAAGAGAAUGAAGAAAUCGUAAUUUUGUUGGAGUUUGAUGUUCCUAUUAGUGAGAAAACAGCAAUUUUAGUAAAGUUUCUGAUUGGAUAUUGUUGCGGAAAAUCCUGAGUUAGAUGUUACAUGUUUCAUAAUCUUUAUCGACUCGGAUGGACGAAGGAUAAAUCAUCACUUGGGACUCGACAGGCUAAAACGAGGAAGCAAUUACCUACAAUCGGCGUGAGUCGAGAUAGCAUAGCCUGCGGGGUGGACAACGAUAGUUUGCGUGUUUCCAGCAGAGCGUUUAAUACACGACAUCAUACAGUCGACCGACGACAACUGUGAUUUGGGGGGUAAAAUUGUGCAGAUUCCGCACCGGGUCUACUAAGCUAACACACAAUGAUCACGGAAUUGUACGCCUAUCUAACCAAUUUACCACGAUGGCACAUAUUCGCAAUUUUUCUCGUCGGAUAUCUAAUUUACUAUCUCAUUGAGGUUGUUAAGCGUCCAAUCUUGGCUGUAUCAAAUGGCCCGUUUAAAAAAUACCUCCGUAAAAACAUUCCCAUAUUGGAGAUGAAGUUUUGGCCAACGUUCUGGUGCGUGGAGAGUCGGGCUCAAACGGUGUUUGCCAGCAUUAUCCGUUCCAACAUGAUGCCAAACAUUGACUACCGUCGAGAAGUGCUCACCCUGAAGGAUGGAGGCGAGGUAGCACUGGACUGGCUCGAAACCGACUGUGAUAGUGAGUCACCGUUGAUCAUCAUUCUGCCAGGAUUGACAGGUGAAUCACAAGCCGAAUAUAUCAAAUGCUUGGUAAUGGCAGCAAAUCGAACUGGAAUUCGAACCGUUGUUUUCAACAACCGCGGUUUGGGAGGAGUGGAGCUGAAAACCCCUCGGCUCUAUUGUGCGUCCAAUAGCGAAGAUCUGUCGGAAGUUAUCAGCCAUGUGAAGAAGUUGAAUCCUCACAUAAAAAUUGGUGCAACUGGAAUAUCAAUGGGUGGACUGAUAUUGGGAAACUAUUUGGCUAACUACGGCGAUGAAGCAAAGUCAAUUCUAACAGCGGCGAAGAUCAUCUCUGUACCCUGGGAUGUUAAUAAAGGUUCCGACAGUAUUGAGCAGCCCUAUUUGAACAGUAUGCUUGGACGCCAUUUGGCUGGCAGCUUAUGCCGCACAGUUAGAAAGUAUGAUAUUCUGAGAAAUGAGGAGUUCGAUUGGGAUAUGGAUGUAGUUCUACAGAGCAAAACUAUUAAAGAGUUUGAUUCCCAUUUUACGUCCAAGCAUUUUGGCUACAAAGAUGUACACAGUUACUACGCACAGGCUACACUGCACAAUAAAUUACACAAAAUAAAGGUACCUCUACUCUGUCUAAGCGCAGCAGAUGAUCCGUUUCAGCCUCUAGAUGCCAUCCCGAUUAAGGCUGCAGAAAAGUCGUCUCACGUUGCCAUUCUCAUUACGGCUCGCGGUGGUCACAUUGGAUUCCUCGAAGGAUGGUGGCCUGCCAAUAAGGAUCAGUACAUGGGCCGUCUAUUCAGUCAGUUCUUUUCGGCGGCUCUUUUUGAUCCGAAUAAUGAAUUCUAUCGCACUUCUCAACUGAUGAUGGAGCUCAACCUACAGACCUCGACUUCUGUCCCGACAACGCCUAUCUCACGGUCAUCUAGUCCCAUUCGAAAGAAAUCCAUACCGUUCUAAUAGUGGUAAAGGUCCUAAUCAGAGAAUGAUAUGCAAAUUUGCGCUCUCAGAAGUCGUGGAUUGUCCAAGUCGUAAACUUAAUGCGAUAGAUUUUGUGAUAAUGUUGAAAUUAAUUACGUGAAAUAUUAUUGUUAUGGCCGCAAUUGAUACCGAAUAUGAACAAAUUUCAAUUAUCGUUAUGAUAGAUAGACAAAAGCAACGGUUUUAUGCAUGUUGUGGUUUUGAAACAUUACAUUUAUUGAAGAAAAGUUUUAAAAAUCAUUAACCACAAGAUAAAUUGCUAUACAUACUUGCAAACAACGCGAACAAAAACAAAUUUUGAGCGUAUUCAAUUUCAACAAACGUUUCAAAGCUUUAAUGAAUAGUCGAAAGGAUGCCUUCGAAAAUUUAGCAAUAAUAGAUCAUUUCUAAAUGGUUUGAUGCAAAUAAUCAGUGAGUUUGGUUAGGUACGAUUCAAACUAUAAAUUAUUCCGAUUUAUUGUUCAGUAAUUAGAUAGCUACUCAGUAGGAGUUCACCGUACUACUGAGAAGCAAACCUUUUCCUAUACCGUAGGGCCCUUUGGAACUUCACAUUUAGGAUAAUGUUUUAGUAGUAAAUAUGACCUUCUAAUACAAUCUUUCAAAUCCUACUAUCGACUAUACACAAAUGAUUGCACGUCGAUUUUUGAAACAUACCAAGCAAUAUAAGAAGGAAACAAACCAAAAGAAGCAAUAAAAAGAAAGUUUUAAUUCACAUAUCAUACAAACAAAUUUGAGUGAACAAUGAACAUCGUAGAAGAAAACAAUACAACGAAAGAUUAUCAUUAUCGUUAUAUGAAUUUAACCAUGAAGUUAAUUAUGUAUUACUUUGAAAGUCGUUUUCAUUCCUGUUUGUAAUAGGUAACCUGUAAGACAAAUUGAUAAAAUAGGGAGAUUAAACUUCAAUCAAAACUUGAAAGACAACAAAUAAUCAGUACAGCGAGAGUAGUUGAUCCGACAACAAACAAUAACUUUUCCACUCCUAUAAUAUUUAAGUCCAUCUAACAUUAAAUUAUAAAGUAAACUCUUAAACAAAUUUUCACAAUUCUCAAGUAACGAAUUUUCUUUCUUCUCUGACAAGGAAAAACAAUAGUGUUCAACACAAAACGUUUAUAAUAAAAACAAGUUAUCAUACUCAAAUCAGUCAGUAUGACAUAAAAUAGAAAACAAAUGAAACUGAGAGGAAUAUUGUGCAAUUCUCUUACAAAGUCACUAUUUAGCUGAUGUUAAGCCACGUACAAAGAAAUAAAAAAACACCUUAUUUUGUAAGUCCGUUGAUUUAGUAAUAAUUUCACAGAAUGAAGUCAAACCAAUGCAAAUAAAAUGAUGCUACAUAUUACGAAA